AUGCAAACGAUACUUCAUCACAACAGCAGUGGAACAGCUGCUUACACUGGCCGGCUGAAGAAGCGGGAGGUCCAUCGAGCCAUAACCCUCCAUCCUGUAAAAGACCAUAGACAGAUGUACCGGCUGCAUACUUACUUCAAGAACUUAAAAAUCCAGGAUCUUCGGGAAUCCACCCUAGACCUUCAUAGAGAUAUAGCGUCAUCACUCAAGAAACUAGGCGUGGAGCCAGACCAAGUAGCCGACUACAUGCUACUAGAAGGCAUACCUCUUUUCCCAGCUAAAAUCGGCGAGCCAGGCUAUUUGGGUGACAACAAUAUAUUAGGAGCUCCGAUAGAUUUCAACAGAUACAAACCAGAGAACGUGGAAGAUAUAAUUCCAUUUGAGUUUAUUAGCAAAUCCAUUUAUUCCACCAGUCAUUCAAACCCGAAGAGACGCAUCGAGAGUCCACUGAAGGAAGCAUUGGAUGAUGUUAUUAGAGAGGUUAUGGAAAUAAUAAACGCGCCAUCCCGUCAACGAGGCCGUGUCAUCGACUUCAAUGAGUUACUGUAUGGGUACACUCGUCUGCAACCGCUACACGGAGUCGACCACGUGUUGGAUCUGCUGCUGAAGUACCGAAGAUACCGAGGUCGGAAGAUGACCGCUGCUGUCCGAAGACAUGCGUAUCUUCAGCAGAGUUUCACUGCCACAGAGAUACGCGAACUGCCAAUGGGUGAGCCUCCACCGUUCGAGGAUCCAGAAAUUCUUGAAAAAAUACACAGCAAAGAUCCUCUAAACGAAUACGCGGACUUCGACGAACCGAGCCAACAGCCGGCCGGGUUCCUCGACUUCGGAAAGCUCAACGUCAAGGAAGCUAUAGAGAGCGGUCUCAUGAAACUACAGAAUCUGCCGAACGUCCUCAAAUGGUCCGACAACGACUACGAGUACCCAAUAUACGAUAGAAGAAUACAUUUCAUCCUGCCCCUCAUGGGGCGACAAGAGAUAUUCUCCCGCUUCAUGAAGAACUACGAAGACGUCGUCCUGAAGAGCGAUGAAGCGGUGAGUUUAAUUGUAGUCCUGUACCUGGACGUGAAGAACCCGCUGGACUACCGAAACGCCGAGGCGUUAAUAGACCACUACAAUGACAUGUACGGGAAGGAUGUGAAGAUCGUUCACAUGGGCUCGACCACCUUCUCGCGAGGAGCGGGACUCACCGAGGGUCUCAAGCGGUGCGCGAGCGACGACCUCGUGUUUUUCAUAGACGUGGACAUGAUGUUCAAUCACGUCACCCUCAGGCGGAUCAGGAUCAACACAGUGAAAUAUCACCAAGUGUACUUCCCUAUUGUGUUCAGCGAGUACAACCCCGAGGUUGUGAACGGGGAUGAUUUUAACAAGUUCAAAGAUGAGCCACUCGUGACAAACUCUAACUUGGGUAAAUUUGUGGACGAAGUUCCUAAAACCGACAGGGAAUUGGCCGAUUUGAAGUAUAGCAAGGAAAUCAAUGACGAUUUCGGUUAUUUCAGGCAGUACGGUUUCGGUAUUCUUAGUAUUUUCAAAUGUGACUUCGAGAGGGUGGGCGGUUUCGACCUGAAGAUAAAGGGUUGGGGCUACGAAGACGUCCAGUUCUUCGAGACGCUGAUUAAGUCGAACCUGACAGUUUAUAGGAUAGCGGACGAGAGUUUAGUGCAUAAGUUCCAUUCGGUGGACUGUGAUAAGAAUUUAGAGAAGAGUCAGUUUUUGAUGUGUCUGGGCACCAAAGCGUCGACGUACGGGAGUGAGAAACACAUGACAUAUUACAUGCUGAACCACCCGGAGGUGCUCUGGCCCGAGGGAGGCGAGAAGGGAGCCAGCUAG